GUUUGCAGAAGACUAGACAGUGUCCAGCAGCAUGGCAUUAUCUGGCAGAAGCACAGAUGAAAAUUCAUAAGCACAGAGAUGCUGUCUUGUCCUGUAAUCAAGGUCUUGAGACUCUUGGAACUCCUGAGGGUCCUAGCUUUCGAUGGAAGAACCUUAUCCUUCAGUUGAAAGCAGAGGCUUUGAUUAAAAUAGCAGAUGAUGAUGCUGCAGAAGAAGCCAUUAAAGCACUUGAGCAGAUCGUGGAUGCAAGCAGUGAUCCAUUGGUUUUAGCCAUCAGAGGUCGUGCUUAUCUGAACAAAGGUUUAAUGGAUCAAGCUUCAAAGAUUUCAGAAGAGCUUCUGUUAUCGCACCCUGAUCUGGCUGAGUCCCAUGCUCUAGAGGGUUUCAUCCACUAUUCCCAAAAGAAUUAUGAACAGGCAGAAAUAAGUUUUCUAAAUGCUAUUGAAAGGAAGACCGAAACUGCAGAGUACCAUCAGUACCUGGGGCUCACCUAUUGGUUCAUGAGUGAUGAGACAAAAAAAGACAAAGGAAAAGCACUCACUCAGUUCUUGAAGGCUGCAAAAUUGGACAGCUACUCGGGAAGUGCCUUUUGUUAUUUAGGUAACUACUACAGAGACGUUGCUGGAGACAAAAGUAGAGCUCGUGGUUGUUAUAAAAAGGCUUUUGAACUGGAUGGAACUGAUGAAGGAUCUGGAACAGCAGCUGUAGACUUAAGUGUGGAACUUGGAGACAUGGACACUGCUCUGUCAAUCCUGAAUGAGGUAACUGCAAAAGCAAGUCCUGGUACAGCGAAGUGGGCCUGGCUUCACCGUGGAAUUUACUACCUGCAAAUUGGUGAACCCUUACGAGCAGUGGCUGAUUUGCAGGCAGCUCUCAGGGCUGAUCCAAAGGAUUCCAACUGCUGGGAGUCUUUAGGGGAAGCCUACUUGGAGAGAGGUAGCUAUUCAACAGCUCUGAAAUCCUUCAGGAAAGCAAGUGAGCUGAACCCAGAGCUUGUGUACAGCAUUUUCAAAGCUGCAGCAGUUGAGCAGAUUCUAGGCAAAUACGAAAACGCUAUAGCAACCUACCAACAAAUCUUAAAGAAGACAGAAGAUUACGUGCCUGCACUGAAAGGACUGGGUGAGUGCUAUCUCAUGCUGGCAAGAUCAGCCCUUGAAAACUUUUUUGAUAGGAAGGCUAUGGAUUUCAUAGAGCAGGCUCUUGAAUUUUUUACAAGGGCCAUAAAGAGCCGUCCUGAUGUAUGUUGCCUCUGGAAACUGCUCGGAGAUAGCUGUAUUAGUGUGCAUCUAAUUUCACCAGCCAAAGUGAAUAUUCAAGUUCCAGGAUUCCUUCUGGGUAAAAAUGCAGGCAAGCAGAUGCUGAAGAAAAGUGAGAUGCUUGUACUGGGAGGAAGGUGUUACGGCAGAGCUUUAAAAUUGAUGCCUUUGCCUAGCAUAUGGUGUGAUCUUGGAAUAAAUUAUUAUCGACAAGCAGAGCACCUCACAGCAGUGGGCACUGAUGAGAAUGAGAUCAGCGAACUGCUAGAGAAAUCUUUACAGUGUCUCAAAAAAGCUGUGAGACUUGACAGCAAAAAUCACCAUUAUUGGAAUGCACUUGGUGUAGUUGCUUCCUGUAGUGCUAUUGGGAAUUAUGCUCUUGCUCAACAUUCGUUCAUCAAAUCUGUUCAAGCUGAGCAAAUUAAUGUUGUUGCCUGGACCAACUUGGGGGUUCUGUAUCUGGCAACUGGAAACAUUGAGCAAGCUCAUGAAGCCUUCAAGGUAGCCCAGUCUCUGGAGCCCACUUACUUACUGUGCUGGAUUGGGCAGGCUCUUAUUGCAGAGCAGGUAGGCAGCUAUGAUACUAUGGAUCUCUUCAGGCACACAACUGAACUCAGUAUGCAUAAUGAAGGAGCAAAAGGCUAUGGCCACUGGGUAUGUUCAACACUGCAGGAUAAAAGCAACAGAAACACUGAACAGUAUCUGUACAACAUCGUGGAAAUGAAUGCUAUUCCAGCAGCCCAGGUGGUCUUGAGCAAAUACACAGAGAGAAAUCCGGAUGAUGCAUCUGCUUUCACAAUGCUCGGUUAUUUGAAUGAGUAUCUGCAUCUUGAAAGGCAGGCAAGAGAUGCCUACGAGAGGGCAGCUUCAUUGCUAAAAAACUGUGGGGAUACUGAGAAAUACAAUAUAGCAAUGCAAAACUAUGGCAGAUCACUGUGUGCCCUUGGUCAGUGUGAUAAGGCUAUUGAGGUUUACACAUCAACACCCUUAACUGAUUUUGAUGGCAUUGUGGGGAUAGCAUUAGCCUACUUCAAGAAAGGACUCUUCCAAGAAAGUAUCAAAGCCUAUGAAAAAGCCUUGUCUGUUACCGAGUCCGAACAAGAUAAAGCACAUAUCCUGACUGCCAUGGCAAUAAUAGAGUAUAAACAGAACAAAGUGGAUGCUGCAAAGGCACUGCUGUUUAAAUGCUCAUUAAAGGAACCUACUACAGAAAGUCUGAAGGCUUUGUGCACUCUGGGACUGGUACAGCAGGAUGUUACACUGGCAACAGCAGCCCUGAAAGAAUUAUUGAAGCACGAAAAAGGGGAUGAUAGUAUUUAUGAGAGGUGCCUUAUUGCAUCUGCUGUUUAUGCCUUGCAAGGUAAAAAUGUGGGGGUCCAGAGAGAAGUCUCCAGAGCAAUACACAGGAACCCUGAUAAUCCUACCCUCUGGUCUCUUCUGUCUCGACUAGUUCCGCUGUAUGCUUCACAAAAGUCAAAAGGGGGAGCUGUGGCAGGAAACAUCGCACAAGUACUUGAUGAAAAACAUGGGAAGGUGUUUUUGCUGAACAUUGCAGUUAAUCAGUUGGCAGCAGGAUGUCACAUGUUAGAUGAUGAGAAGAACAACCCUCUGAAAAAUAUUCAGAAAGCAAUCCACCUUUGUCCAGAUAAUCCUGCUGCCUGGGCAGUGCUGAUGGCAGCCUGUCAUGCUGAAAACACUGUUGUCUGUCUAAAUAACACUCAGCCGAAGCGAACAAAUCUAGAGAUGACACUGGUAUCUACUGUUUCAGCCAAAACUAGAGAAAAUAACUUUCCACGUAGUUAUAUCCAGACUCUUGAAGACUGGUGUCUAUGUCAAGCUAUUACCAGUCUAGAGGAGGCUGGUAAAUUUGCAGAAGCUGAAGCUCUUUGCACCAAGGGUUUAAAAAGCUGCCCUGAGCACCCAGCCCUAUUUUUACUUUUGAGACAAGUUCAGUGUAAGCAGCUGUUGCAGUCUCACAAAGAGCUUCCAGACAACGUCCUGGAUGAGCUUCGCAAGACCGUCAUGACCAGCUCGACUUCGUUUGCAGCCUGGCAAUGGCUGGCAAAAGUGUACCAGUCUCAGAGGAUGAUGGUUGGAGCGGAGAUGUGUUACAGGAAGAGCCUGCAGUUGGCGUCACAGCAGGGCAGCUGGAUCGGGAAGCUCUCCAGUCUGCUCAGGCUAGCUAUGCUCGCACUGGAAGUCUGCACGGCUAAUGUCUCAGAUGAGCACUGGCCAUCCUUGAUUCAGGAGGCAACAACCGAAGCGCUGAAACUUUGUCCUUGCCCUGUCGCAGCUCUCCUACAAGCACUGCUGCAGUAUCAUCGCAAAAUGGGAGCAAG